AUGGGCAAGAAGCGCGUUCUCGUCAGUUAUGGCGUCGACAUUGAUGCCGUCGCCGGUUGGCUGGGAUCCUACGGCGGCGAGGACAGUUCCAACGAUAUCAGUAGAGGACUCUGGGCCGGCCACAUCGGCACCACACGUCUCCUCAAACUCUUCUCCAAAUACAACAUCAAAGCCACUUUCUUCAUCCCCGGCCACUCACUCGAAACCUUCCCCGAAGAAUGCGCCAUGGUACGAGAUGCCGGCCACGAAAUCGGCCUGCACGGCUACACACACGAAAACCCCUCCGACAUGACCCUCGAGCAGCAACGCGACAUCCUCGAUAAGACCUAUCACCUACUGUACGAUUUCACUGGCAAGCCGCCGCGGGGCAUCGUUGCGCCAUGGUGGGAAACCAGUAAAGAGAUGGCCGAUCUGUUGCUCUCCUAUGGAAUUGAAUAUGAUCAUUCCAUGUCUCAUCAUGAUUGUCAGAUGUAUUGGUUGAGAACGGGCGAUACUUGGACUAAGAUUGAUUAUUCCCAAAAGGCGGAGACUUGGAUGAAGCCGCUGGUUAGGGGCCAGGAUACGGGGCUCGUGGAGAUCCCGGGCAAUUGGUAUAUUGAUGAUUUGCCGCCUAUGAUGUUUAUCAAGUCCGCGCCGAAUAGUCAUGGUUGGGUGAAUCCCAAGGAUGUUGAGGAGCUUUGGAAGGAUCAUUUUGACUACUUCUAUCGCGAGUACGAUGAGUUUGUCUUUCCCAUGACUAUUCAUCCUGAUGUGUCGGGUCGUCCGCAUGUUCUUCUUAUGCAUGAGAGGAUCAUUGAAUAUAUCAACAAGCACGAGGGCGUGGAAUGGGUCACUUUCGAACAGAUGUGCGAUGAUUUCAAGAGCAAGAACAAGCCGCCGGAGGGCGCUAGGAUGCCUUCUGCUCCCAUGCCUGCAAGGAAGUGA